AGAAACGUAAACCCAUAAUGAUAAGGAAGAACCUAUAAAGAAAUGUUAUUACGUUGUGGAAACAGAGUAAAAUUCUUUAUGUAAAAUUAAAGUACAUUCCAUAUUCCAUAAUUGUACGGGCCUCUAUAUUUGUAAAUCGAAACCUCAAACGAUAUAUCAUUUCGUCUAUUCGAUAUAAUUCGAUUCACGUAAAAUCCCGCAAAUUUCUGUGAUGAGAUUAUUUUGAAUUUUGCACAGUGUUAUUUAUUUAAUAAAGUCAUUAACGCUCACUAAAUGACAAAAUGUGAUAGCGGUAUGAAGGUUAAGCAUUAUGCCAAAAAAGACUCCACUUCAUGAGAAAAAUAAUGCCUCUAUAACAGGAUUUUUAGUGAAGUUACGAAACAAAACAGGCAUGGUAAAUUCGAGAUUUUUUAGUAUAAAUGAGGAAGAAAAUCACAAGUUGUAUUCCAAUGUUUUGUGGAACGGGUCAGUUGAUGAAGAUGAUUCCUUGCCAUUGCAACAUGUAAAUAGACAAUGUGAACAACUUGAUUCUAUUAUUUCGUUGGAUAGUUCAAGUGACUCUUUGCAAGAAGAUACUGUGAGUGAUAGUUUUUCGAAAAGUGGUGUACAGUAUGUCGAAGAUUCAAUAGAACAGAAGAAAAGAUUACAGAAAAGGAACAAGGUAUCAGUGGACAUAGAAAAUAAAAACAUGGAGAAAGUGAGAAAGAGAUUCUUCAUACCUUCUGAUAGCGAGGAUGAUAUAGAAAAUGAUAUGGAAGAAAUAAAACCUAUAGAAUCAUCACCACCAACAGUGAGAAAUGAUGACAAUAAAAGGCUUGAAUACAAUAGUAAUGAAGAAAAUUCUAAAAUUGAAAUCAAUCAAGCAAGUGAAAAGAUUGGUAAUAGUCAUGUUAGAGAAUUAUUUAUGACAGGUGAUGAUAAUGUAAAUACAAAGUCAUUGCGAUACGAAGCAAAGGACAGUAAUGGAAUAUAUGAGAGUUUACGUAAUCGAACUAAAAUCCAAAGUCCCAAUUUAACAAGUAAAAUUCAAAUUACUCCGCCAAAAGCUCCAGCAAGAAUAGAAAGAAUGAGUACCAUAAUACUAGAUUCAGAAAGUGAAAGUCCCAAGUCAAAAGGAAGUCCAAAAUCAUCUGCUAGAAAAGAAUGGAAGGGUCCUGAUUUUAAAGUAGAUUUAAAGCCAUUAGGUAUAAAUGAGCAAUUAAAUCCUUGGAUUCAGUCUAUUAAAAAAGACCCAACGAUGUCUUCUUUACCAACGACAAAAGACAAACUGGAAGAUAAUUACGAAAAAUUAAAGGAUAUUCAAAUGGAUAUACUUGAGAUAUUUUACACUGCUUUCGAUCGGAUACCUUUACCAAUUCUCGAAAAAUUUCCCCACUUUAAUAGCGAAACAUUUGUGAACUUAAAAAUAUUACGUCAACACGUGAAAGCGAAAAUGCGCCGUACUGAGAAAACAUUAGAGAAAAUUAAAGAGGAAAAAAAUAAAUCAUUAAGUUGUAGCUAUUCAGAAUUCCCAGAUGACAAUGAAGACUUUAUUCCCACAUCACCAGUAAAACUUGUGGAGUCAAAAGUCAGGACUUCUUUACACAAUUUGUCAAAUGAAUUUAGUAGUCCUCUUAGUCUGCGUCAUAACAGUCCCAGUGUCACUCCCAUAGAGACACGAAUAAACAAUGCAAAUACGGUUGAACGUUCAAGUAGCAUUCAAAAUGCUCAAACAGUUCAUCAGCAACGACCACAAGAAAAGAUCAUCCACUCAAAUGAGCACAAAAAUGAAGGAAACGUAGCUGCAUCUACUGUACUAAAUAAAACGACUUUCACACUGAAAAGACCAAUUAAAGGAACCCUUUCAGUGAAACCGAGUAAAAAAAUUGAAGAUAUUUGGGACAGGAAUUGCAAAAACAGUCUCAAUUCAUCAGAUAUUAAAAGUAGUCCUAAAUCAGUGGAAACACCUCUUGUUCUAAGCGGUUCUUCCAAUAAAUCAAGCAUUGAGAACAAUGAUUUAACGGAAAGUAAAAUGUACAUACCAAAAUCGUCAGCAACAUCUUCAAGUACUCCACCACCGAUUGUGAAUGAUUGGGAAAGUAUUGACGAUAGUUUUGAAAGUAAUUCGUAUAAAAACAUGUCAAAUUCUACACCACUCGUAAAGCAGGAUUCUUUAACAUUGGAAUUGAAAAAAAUGCCAGUACUUGGUAGUGAUUAUUAUAUGGCAAAUACUAAGGAUUUGAAUGAAUCAAAAUCAAAAAACACCAAAACUCUUAAUGUAAACCAGAUAUCUAUACAAGAUAAGCAAAAAUCAAAAUCUAAUACGUCUAUAGUGCCCACUGUAUCUAAAUUACAAAUAGGAUGUUUUACUGGCAACUAUAAAAAUGAUGGUACAAGUGGUGAAUUUGAUGGUCUUGACUAUCCACAUUCUAGAGAAAUGUUAAAAAUAUUUAGGCAAAAGUUUGGUUUGUACUCCUUCAGACCGAAUCAACUACAAGCCAUCAAUGCUGCCCUUUUAGGCUUUGAUUGUUUUGUUUUAAUGCCAACUGGUGGAGGCAAAUCACUUUGUUAUCAAUUACCAGCUCUCUUAACACCAGGUGUAACGAUAGUUAUAUCGCCAUUAAAAAGUCUGAUCCUUGAUCAAGUACAGAAGCUAAACUCUCUUGACAUACCAGCAGUGCACAUAUCAACUUCCUUAACAGAAAUUCAGGCAGGAGCGGUUUACAGAGAACUCUCGAAAAAAGAUGUUGUAAUAAAACUGCUCUAUGUAACGCCUGAGAAAAUCUCAGCCUCAUCAAAAUUCUGUGAUACCUUAACAAAUUUGUAUUCACGUAAUCUAUUGGCGCGAUUUGUUAUUGACGAAGCACAUUGCGUUAGUCAAUGGGGACAUGAUUUUAGGCCUGAUUACAAAAAGUUAAAUGUACUAAGAAAUAAAUAUCCAAACGUGCCAACAAUAGCACUGACAGCAACAGCGACUCCAAGAGUCAGAACUGAUAUUCUACAUCAAUUAAAGAUGCCACAGCCAAAAUGGUUCAUGUGUAGCUUCAACAGACCCAACCUGAAGUAUAGUGUGAUAGCGAAAAAGGGUAAAAAUUGUUCAGAAGAAGUGAUAGCAAUGAUAAAAACUAAGUUUCCUAAUGAAUGUGGUAUUGUUUAUUGUCUUUCGCGCAAAGACUGCGAUGUUUAUGCGACCGAUAUGAGAAGAAAUAAUAUCAAAGCUUUAAGUUAUCACGCUGGUCUAUCAGACACACAACGUAGUGACGUGCAAGGUCGUUGGAUUUCAGAUGAGAUUAGGGUCAUAUGCGCAACCAUAGCUUUUGGCAUGGGGAUUGAUAAGCCUAAUGUUCGAUAUGUAAUACAUGCGUCUUUACCAAAAUCCAUUGAGGGUUACUAUCAGGAGAGUGGUCGUGCCGGACGUGACCUUGAGAAUGCUGAUUGCGUAUUAUUUUACCACUAUGCAGAUAUGCACAGAUUACGAAAAAUGAUUGAGGGUGACGGGUCUAGUUAUGAUGUGGUAAAAACACACAUUAACAAUCUUUUCCGAAUGGUAGCUUUUUGUGAAAAUAAAACAGACUGCCGCAGAGUCCUGCAGCUAAAUUAUUUUGGAGAAAUUUUUAAGCAAGAGGAAUGUAUAGCCAACAAAAGUACUACGUGCGACAACUGUAGAAAUAAGGAACAAUAUAAAAUGAUUGACGUAACGGAUGAUGCUAGAGUUAUACUAAGGGCUGUCCGAGAAAUUAAUCAAAAAAGAAGCGCCAAUCUCACUCUAAUCUUUCUCUCAGAGAUUUUUAAAGGAUGUGAUCUUAAAAAAAUUCGCGAAGCAGGACUUAUCAAUCAUCCACUGUAUGGUCGUGGUAAAUCGUGGACUAAACACGACAUAGAACGAUUAUUGCAUAUGUUGGUAAUAGAUGAAUAUCUGCAGGAAGAUUUGCGUAUUAAUAACGAUAUGGCAUGGGCGUAUAUUAAGAUUGGACCUAAAGCUGAACAGUUGAUGACAAAUAAGAAUAUUAAGAUCGAAUUUCCAACAAGAUUGACAAAGAAUACAGCAACAUCUGUGGCUACAGUGUCGACAGUGACAAAACCAGUGAACAAAAUUCUUCAAGAAUUACAGAGUCGUUGUUACACAGAAUUGACAACUAUUAUAAGAGGAAUCGCAGGCGCUUUAGACGUUUCUGCUUCAUCGAUAAUGAAUAUGAUAGCGAUAAGAGCAAUGAGUCAGCAAUUGCCUGAUAGUGAGGAAGCUAUGUUAAAAAUUCCUCAUGUCACAAAAGCGAAUUUUGAAAAAUAUGGAAAAGCAUUGUUAGAUGUAACACAAAGAUAUGCUGCUGAACAAUGCCUUCUGCUAAGUGAAGACAAUAUAGAAGAAGAUGAAAUAAAUGAGGUCUAUGAUAACCCGGAUAUUAAUGACUCUGACUCCUGGAGUGUCAGUACUUCCAGUUCUAGUUCGUAUAGAGGUCGUGGUAGGAAACGGAAAAGUGCUGGAGGGUAUCGCGGUGGCGCUAAAAAGUACAAACGCACGGGAACCAGUACAAGAGGAACUAAAACAACAACCUCUAAACAAGUUUCAAGCGCUAGAGGUGGUAAAAAAUAUAGUGCAGGACCAGGCCUCAUGCAUUUUAUAAACAAAUAAUACGUGGGACAACCUAAUCGUUAUAUUAGUAAAUGUCUGUGGUGGCAUCAUGUUGAUAAUAAAGCUAUUUUCUUUAUUCUCUUUAUGGCACAUAAAGUAACUCUAGUGACUAUAUUUGCUUAUAAUAAUAGUUUUAAAAAAAAUAGGUCUAAUGAAAGUGAAACACAUGGAAUUAUUUUUACUUAUAAGCAUAAUACAAUGGAGGAACAAUCUUCAAAGCCUGUAAUGAAUCAUGAUUCAGAAACAUUGGUAUCCAUUCGAUCUAUGUUGUCAAUGGAUGAUACAGUAUUAAAUAGCAUAAUUACAGACCAGGAGAGUGAUACAGAUGAACAAACUAAAUCUUCAGACACAAUGAUAAAAAGAAAUGUGACAGGAAAUUCAAGAUAUGAAAGGACAUGCAGUAUACCUGAUGAUUAUUCUAAUGAUUGGGAAUUAUUUCCAGCCUCUAGAAUUCUUGAUUCAAUGCAAUUACAAAAAGAUUUAGAACAAAAAUUUAAUGAUACACAAACAUUGAAUUCUAUACAAGAAGUACAAAAGGGUAUAUUAAAUGAUGAAAGAAAAGAUGUUUUCUGGCAGGAUGAAACAUUGCUUAAUCAAAUUUCUACAGAAAUUGAAUUUUUGGAUAAUAGCGAUAAGAAAAUUAAUACCUGCAACAUGAGCACAAAAUGUAUUUACAAUAAUAAAGCAGUGGAAAAUAAGAAUCAGUGUUAUAGUAAAAUAUCUGAAACAAAUGUUCAGAUGCUGAAUUUUAAUCAGACUGAUCUAAAUGUACAAGAUAGUACAGCGACAAGCAAAAAUAUGUAUGAUGAACUGGCUUUAGAUACAUCUAUUUUCAAUGAUAUAGAAAUAGUUAAUACAUCAAUUAAUAAUUGCUUAACAUAUGAGAAAGCACAUAAUAUAAUGGAUACCACAAAAAAUGAAAAGAAUAAUUUCCCAUCGCAAAAUAGUAAUAAAAUAAAUAAAAAAAGACGUUUGGGAAGUAAUGAUGAAGAAAAACAACAGGAAGGAGGAAAAUGUAAUGAUAUACAAAAAUGUAACGACACUGGACCUUUUUAUGGUCUGCCAGACAAAGUUAAAACUUUGAUAUACAAGACGAGGGGAAUUACCGCACUCUAUCAAUGGCAAGACGAGUGUUUAAAUUUAGAAGCUAUAAAGAAUAGGAAAAACUUAAUAUAUGCUCUUCCCACAAGUGGUGGAAAAACUUUAGUAGCAGAAAUAUUAAUGCUCAGAGAAAUUAUAUGCAACAAGAAAAAUGCUAUAUUCAUUUUACCAUUUGUUGCAAUUGUCCAGGAAAAGGUCAGAUCAAUGUUUCAGUUUGCAUUAGAAUUAGGUUUCUUAGUAGAGGAGUAUGCUGCUGGCAAAGGCCAAUAUCCUCCAAAGAAAAGACGAAGAAAAAAUAGCAUCUAUAUUUGUACAAUUGAAAAGUCUCUAGGACUAAUUAAUAGUUUAAUUGAAUUAAAACGACUUGGAGAGAUUGGUAUUAUAGUUGUAGACGAAUUACAUUUGUUAGGAGAAAAUGGAGGCAGAGGUGCAACUUUAGAAGGAUUGUUAACAAAAGUUAUGUAUGCUGAUGCUAAAGUGCAUAUUGUUGGAAUGAGUGCUACCAUUGGAAAUCUGAACGAGGUAGCAGAAUUUCUAAAAGCCGAUGUCUACACACAAAAUUUUCGACCAGUGCAAAUAAAAGAAUAUGUCAAAUGUGAUGACAAUAUUUGGUUAAUCGAUCUCAAAGAAGAGGAGAUCUUUUCGGAUCUGAAGAAAAUAAACUACCGUUAUUCGAAACAAGCUGCCAAAUUUGAUCCUGAUAAAAUUGGGGGAUUAGUAAUGGACGUGAUACCAAAUGAUUCCUGUUUAAUAUUUUGCUCAAGCCGUAAAAAUUGCGAGAAUGUCGCACUGUUGUUGAUAAAAGUUUUAGUCCAAAAAUUAGAAAAUCACAAGACUAAGGAGAAAUCUAUUCUUCUACGUGCAUUGAAAGCCGAGGGUGUAGUAUGUCCAAUUUUGGAAAAAACUAUUCCGUUUGGAAUUGCUUAUCAUCAUUCUGGCCUUACAUCUGAAGAAAGAAAAUUAUUAGAGGAAGGUUUUCUAGCCGGAACGCUUUGUGUAAUAUGUUGUACCUCGACUCUGGCAGCUGGAGUAAAUUUGCCAGCUAGAAGAGUGAUACUUAGGUGCCCCUAUGUGGGAAAUCAAUUCCUAAAUUUGAGCAGAUAUAAGCAAAUGAUAGGCAGAGCCGGAAGAGCUGGUAUGGGAGAAAUUGGAGAAAGUAUAUUAAUAUGUAAAAGUGGUGAAAUACCAAAGGUGAAGGAAUUAUUAACUUCCAAGAUGGAUGACUCUAUAAGUACAUUACAUGUAGAGUUAUCGCGUGGCUUAAAUAAUUUAAUCCUAAGCUCCAUUUUAUUUUCAUUGGCAACAAAUAGACACGAAUUGCAUACACUUGUUGGAACCUCACUUCUUGGUGUGCAACAAAGUCGAUUAGAUGUAAAAGUUAAGACACUAACUGAUAAGACAAUCACUAUGCUCAUGAAAGCUGGUGUGAUUAAAGUCAAACAAACCACAACUCCUUGUGAUGUUCAACCGAAUUUAACUGUUGUUCUUCCAUCUCAAGAAGUUUCAUAUGUUGAAAAAUCAACACCUGUUAAGGGGAAAAGGACUGUUGUAUUAACCAGCAAAACUUCCCUUGAGAUUUGCCAAUUGGGUAGAGCUGCAAUGAAAGGUUCUGUCGAUUUGGAUUCUGCAUAUGAUUUAUAUAGGGAUUUAAAAAUUGCACAAAAGCACUUGGUACUUCUCAAUGAACUUCAUCUUUUAUAUUUGAUAACACCUUACGACCUAGCAAAUCAAAUAAAACCAGUGGGUUCUGUCUAUUAUGAUGUGGUCACGAAUUUAACGCCAGAGCUAAUGGAAACAGCAAGAAUAUUGGGAAUCAAUGAAAUGAUAGUGUGCAAAUUGAGAGAUGGAAUAUCACCUAAGAACGUUGAAGCGAAAGUUAUUCAAAGAUUUUAUUUAACUCUGAUACUUCACGAAAUAUUGAACCAGCACUUAGUUUAUACAGUUGCUGAAAAGUACCAAGUGAGUCGAGGAAUUGUACAGAAUUUGUUAAAUUCGGCCUCAUCGUUUGCCUCUGGGAUAGUUCGAUUCUGUGAGGAAAUACCUGAAUUCUGGCCUUUCAAGGUCUUGCUAUCGACAUUUAGUCAGAAACUGAUGAACUGCUGCUGCUCAGCAGAAUUAGAGUCAUUGAUGGAACUUCCAUCUGUUAAAGUGGGACGGGCAAGACAGUUGUUUAAUGCUGGAUACAAAACUUUACAAUCUAUAGCAGUGGCAAAUCCGAAGGACAUGAUUGAGAAGAUAGAAUAUUUGCCUAAGAAAACAGCAAAACAAAUAAUAGCAGCAGCCAACCUAUUAAUUUUAGAAAAGGUCGAGAAUUUGCGGGACGAGGCUGAAAACUUUUUGGAAGGUUUAGAUCCAAACUGUAUCAUGUAACAUUUACUGAAAUCGUAAUAUCUCGAGUUUCUAUAUUCUUUAGGAUAAAUAAGGCGAUUCAAUAUAAAAAAUCUAUUAUUGUUCUCUACACUCCAAUAAGUAACAGACUGGUGGUAAACCAUAACUAUUCUAGUCCACUUGUUUAAUUAUUCAUAUUUAUAUUUUUUAUACUUUUGCAUAACUCAUUGUUAUUUUCACUCAAACAUGUAAAUCCCGUGAUACUUGAAAUAACAAUAUCAACAAACGUACAACACAUAUACUGUGCGAAAAUGUAAAUUGAACUAUUGUUUUUCAUUGUUAUUGUUAAGUCAAACCUACUUUUGUGCUUUUCAGAACAAUGCGUUUACAGUAUAGCGUAUUGUUUGAGCGAGCACGUACAUAAAUAAUGUCAUACUGUGAUUGAAAGUUACUUACAAGAAUUAAAGUAACGUUUAACACCCGUUGGUACAAUAAAA